AUACCCCCGGGUGAAGCUAGGUCAUCUCAAGUUAGGUCAUCACAGAGUUAGUCUAUUGAAGUUAGUCGAGAAGCGCAAUUGUGCGCGCUACAACUAUGGUCUCUUGUUAAAUAAAUAAUAUCAAUUAUCAAUAUUUUUGUAGUAAUUUUAAUACCUGUAUGUUGAAUUGUGUUAUGUAUUUAAAUAUAUAAAAAGUAUUUUAAAAUUCGUAUUGUCUUAAUCACGGGGCAUGUAGUACUAGCGUGAAAAUUUACACUUAGGGAAAAGAGACUGAGUAUAACCUAUGAAAAAUACUAACAAUCUUGCAAUUGUUUGAUUAUUAAUUGUUAACAUAAGACAUGCAUUGUCGAUAUAAAAAUUGGCGUCAGAAUCAAUUGUAAUAAUGUUCCUACCAACUUCUUUGGGCUUGGGUUUGGGUGAUAUCGUUCGUUUAAAUGUUGGCGGAACAAGGUUUUCAACGUCAAGACAAACACUGACAUGGGUUGGAGAUUCAUUUUUUACAGGUUUAUUAAGUUUUAGAAUGACCAGUCAGAGAGAUGAAAGUGGUGCAUUGUUCAUAGAUAGAGACCCAAAGCUGUUCAGUAUUAUAUUAAAUUAUCUACGUACUAAGCACAUUGAUUUAAAAAAUGUAGACCUUCGUACAUUAAGGCAUGAAGCUGAAUAUUAUGGUAUUACACCAUUAGUUAAAAGAUUAAUGCUGUGUGAAGAUUUAAGUCAAUCCUCUUGUGGAGAUGUAUUAUUUUAUGGUUAUUUACCACCACCAAGUAUACCAUUACAUGAAUCAACUACAGUAGCAUCAAAUGUAGGAGAUGUAUCUGUUCAUGGUAGGAUUCCCACAACUACUAGUACUGCUACCAGUGCAGAUGUACCAUCUACUUCUCAAAGUAUAGCUCCUGGAACUUCUAAUAAUCAUAAUAAUAAUAAUAAUGGGCAACAAAAUCAUAAAGGGGUGUUUGGUACCCAUGUGAGAAAUUCUUCAUUGGAUUAUAGAGUUCAACAAAGAGGCUUGCCGCAUUCGCGAACAUCAUCUCUAGAUUUAAGACACGCUAGGAAUAAUUUAGCAGACCUAAAUAAAUUGCAUAAAAAUGACAUUAGUUUAGUAUUUGGUUCCCAACAAGUUUCAACAUGGGUUGAUCCAUUGAGGGUUCAAAUUAUAAAAGCACAUCAUAAUUGGAUUGUGAUUGCUUAUGCGCAUUUUAUAACAUGCUACAGAUUGAAAGACUCAUCUGGAUGGCAACAUGCAUUUACUAGUCCUCACAUUGAAUCUGUGAUUGAAAGAGUAGCAAUCACUUCGAAAUUAAAUACCAGUGUAGAUGUUAAAAUGGUAGCAAUUUCUUAUGGAAAUCAAGUUAGAUUAUGGAGUGUUUCAGCCAAUGGCAUAAAAACUAAUAUUGGUACAUUUAAUUUAAAUGUUCGGGUGGAGUAUUUAUUUUUUAUCGGGAGUCAGUUAGUUGCUCUGUCUCCUACUGAUAAAAUUGGUGUCUGGCAUGCUAUGACCCAUCAUUGGCAAAUACAAGAUGUAGUACCCAUUUUAUCGUUCGACACAGCUGGUUCUUUUCUUCUACUCGGGUGUAACAAUGGAUCCAUUUAUUACAUCGAUAUGGAAAAGUUUCCUUUGAGAAUGAAGGACAAUGACUUGCUUGUAACAGAAUUAUACCGUGAUCCGAAUUACGAUCCCAUUACGGCCAUAUCUGUCUAUUUAACACCAAAAACAUUCUCCUUUGUUUAUACAGCUCUGUGUGGGAAUUGGAUCGAGAUUGCGUACGGUACAAAAUCUGGCAGUGUAAGAGUUAUUGUCCAUCAUCCUGAAACUGUAGGGCAUGGUCCGCAAUUAUUCCAGACAUUUACAGUACAUCAGAGUAGUGUAACGAAGGUAACGUUGUCAGAAAAAUAUUUGGUAUCAGUUUGUUCUGAAUAUAACCAUGUUAGAAGUUGGGCAGUGAAAAGAUUCCGUGGAAUGAUCUCUACUCAACCAGGACCAACACCUGAAGCUAGUUUCAAAAUUGUAUCUUUAGAAGCAAUUGAACCUUGUAUCAGUUAUAAUGCUGGGAAUGAUUUUGGUCCAUUUGGAGAACAAGAUGAUGAACAAGUAUUUGUUCAAAAAGUUGUACCCGAGACUGAUCAAUUGUUUGUGCGUUUAGCAUCGAAUGGCAAAAGGGUUUGCGUAAUCAAAUCAGUGGAUGGUAGCAUAAUAAGUUCAUUUUAUGUACACGAAUGCGAAGGAUCCAGUCGUAUGGGUUCGAGACCGAGGCGUUUUAUAUUUACUGGACAUUCCAAUGGUACGAUUCAAAUGUGGGAUCUUACAACGGCAUUAGAACCAUCCUUUUCUGCUACUCGAAAUGUUUCUGGUGGACCUACACCAGAAGAACUUUGGAAACUGUUAGAUCAGUGUGAUUUAAGUAAUAGUCAUUCCUCAACGCCGCGCAUUAGUCCAUGUCCAUCCCUUAUAUCUACGGGUCCGAGUUUAAAGGCAGGUAAUGUGAUAUUUCUUAAUCAGUCGCAAAACGCUGAAACAACACCUGGACCUAGCCAAACUUGAAGGUAAUAUCAAAAUAUAUUUCAUAAAAGUUUUACAUUUCGUUAAAGUAUUUUUUACAUCUCAUUGUCGGUAUCAUUUAUUUACUUAUUUAUUUUCCUAUCUAAUAAUUUAUUGUGAAUUAUUAACAAAAAAAUCUAUAAUGUCAGUUCCUAGCAUAACAACCUUGUUAAUAUAUUUAGUUUAAACAGUAAGUUUCUAAAAAAAAUAGUUUUAUUUACAAGUAAUGCAAUAUCAAAGUGAUAGGGUAACUGAGAUAUAAAAAUUGUAAUUAUAAAUAAGUGUGAUAUUAAUAAGUAAUAGUAUAGUUUUAGCUUUAAAAUAUACACUUUCUUUGCAUUACUUAGGAUUUUAUAUUUUAUCUCCCUUUUUCUUAAGUAAACAUUUGAAUAAAGUACUAGAUACAAUGUAUAAUUAUUUAAAUUAUUCGGAGGGAAACGAGAGUUACAAAAGUGUAUAAUGUUCUAUAUUAUAAUGUUACAAAAAGGAUGAAUCCAAUUACAUUCUAUAUUUCAAUAUAAUAGAUUUUGUUAAGUAACCUUACAGCUUGAAGCAAUGUAAAUAUUUAUAUAAAUAUUCAAUU